GACCCACUCCAGCCCGGGAUUCUUCCUGCAGCAGCUCCUCUUUCCUGCCUUUCCGACCCUCUCCUUCUCUCCUUCCCAAAUCAGCCAUGGCUCCCAAGAAGCCCGAGCCUAAGAAGGCCGAGCCUAAGAAGGAAGAUCCCAAACCAGCGCCAAAACCAGCGGAACCAGAGCCCAAAAAAGAAGUGGAAUUUAACCCAGCUUCAGUCAAAGUGGAAUUCAGCCCUGACCAGAUCGAAGAAUUUAAGGAAGCGUUUUCCCUUUUUGACCGGACCCCCAAGUCGGAGAUGAAAAUCACCUACGCCCAAUGUGGAGACGUCCUGAGGGCUUUGGGGCAGAACCCGACCCAGGCUGAGGUCAUGAAAUUGCUUGGCAGACCCAAACCUGAAGAGAUGAAUUCCAAGAUGAUCGACUUUGAGACCUUCCUGCCCAUGCUCCAGCACAUUGCCAAGACCAAGGACACGGGAACCUACGAGGAUUUCGUGGAAGGGCUCCGGGUGUUCGACAAGGAGGGCAACGGGACCGUCAUGGGAGCUGAGCUCCGCCACGUCCUGGCCACGCUGGGGGAGAGGCUGACUGAGGAGGAAGUGGAUAAACUGAUGGCUGGGCAGGAAGAUGCCAACGGCUGCAUCAACUAUGAAGCUUUUGUGAAACACAUCAUGGCUAACUGAGCCCAGCUUUCAGGACAAGAUAAGCACCGAGAAUUCCGGAUACUGGCCUUGGAUUCCCAUGUGCUGGAAUUUCUCCUUUUUUUUUCAGCCCAGAUUCCCAUUCCAGAGCUCCAAAAUGUGCCCAAAUCCCUAAAGAUAUUUGGAUAUUUUUGUUUAGUUUGCCUUGCUCCUCCGUGGGAAGAGGUGGAUCCUGUGGAGAUCCAAUGGAAGAAACUGGAAUGUGAACCGUGAAUCCCUGGGAAUUUCUUUAGGAGGAAGGAUAUAAACAGAAAUACAAAAUUGAGGAAAAGGGAGGAAUUCUUUUCAUGAAUAAAUCGAUCCAAAAAAUGAUUGAUUCCUUUUUCCAUCCCAAACUCCACCUUUUCCCUGUGUUUAUGGGACACCAGUAUAAAUCCCAGGAAUAUCCUUCAGCCUUAGGGAAAAACUGGAAUUCCCAGAAAUCAGCGACAAACAGAACCUUGCUGGUGUUUUUUUCUCUGCUUUGGAUGACGGAAAAUUAAGGAUAUAGAAGCAAAAACCACCAAAUUUAAGCAAAAUUUGCUAAAAAUCCAUCUUUUCUCCAUGAGGAUUCCUUCCCAUUCCAAUGAUUUCCCUAGGAAACAAGGAAAAAUCUUCCCCAAAGGAAAAAUGGAAGUUGUUCUGAUAAACACACCCUGGUCCUGAGUUUUUGCAGUAAAAAAUGGGAUUUUCUGCG